AUGUUCCGCACCGCUCCUCGUCUGGCUGGGUUCGUGUUCCGUGAGAACCGUGUCCCUUACUACCAGCGCCUUUUCCAGCAGCACGACGGCAAGCGCCAGUGGUGGAAGACUGAGCGCAGUGGUUACCUCAUGUGGCCCUACCUCAUCUCCGUCUACGGCAUGGGCAUCGCUACUACCUACGCUAUGGGUCGUAUGGUCUUUGGCCACAAGACCUGGUUCGGCAAGGCGUAA